CCAUCCGCAUUGUUUUGAAAUCUCUGGUGAAGACACCAUUGCUUCAAACGUAAAAUGCUGUCUUUGUCGUAAACAAGGGGUAAGACAACUACACAAACAAACAACAGAAUCAACCUCUCGGAUUUAAAGUCAUUAUAGAUUCGCUAGGACGUCGACGUUUGCUAAGGCGAUGGCAGCGUCAUCCUCUUCCUCUUCUGCGGGGGGAGUAAGCGGCAGCUCGGUGACAGGCUCUGGGUUCAGUGCUUCAGAGCUCAUCCCUCCAAGGAAAGUCCUCUAUACAUAUCCUAAAGGCGCAGGUGAAAUGAUGGAAGACGGCUCUGACAGAUUUUUAUGUGAGUCUGUAUUCAGCUACCAGGUUGCCUCAACACUGAAACAGGUUAAACAUGAUCAACAAGUGUCUCGAAUGGAGAAACUUGCAAGCUUGGUGGAGGAACUGGAAGCAGAUGAAUGGCGUUACAAACCAAUUGAACAGCUAUUGGGAUUCACACCAUCUUAAAUACAGAGAUAGAGAUCCAGAUGCCUUUGGUUAAUAAAUCAGCCAAAUAUAAGUAAAAGGGAAGGAGAUGGUUUAUUUCAGUUCAUAAAUUAUAUUCCUCCUGUAUGGUUUUAUUCUGUAUCUUAAGUGUGAAAUGUUAUCUGAAGAUGUUGAAUGUGAGAUGUGUCAGUUGUGUGUAUCAUAUGAGCAUGGUUUGCUUUUUGUUUUUUGUUUGUUUUUUAAAAAACAACUAGUCAUGUUUGACCCAGCAUACUAAAAUAAACCCUUGUCAACAAAAAUUCUUAUCGUAUACUAAGAACUAAACAAUUCAGUGUUUUGUAAUAGAUUGUUUUCAACUGGUUUAAGCUAAUGAGGUGUGGCCAGUCCAAUCUUCGUUUAGCCUCAGGCAAAAAAUAUCUUUGGUAACAUAAUAAAUCCCUUGAAGUGAGGGAUUGAUUUCCACAUGGCUGCACUGUAACUUAUAAAUAUGAAAACCUGCUGCCUGUUCAGUCUUUCCUCCUCUCUGUGGGUUCUCACUGCUUCUUGCUGGAAUAGCCCUUGGAGAGAACAAAGAGAACUUGUAAAUAAAGUCAUAUGUCAACA